UUUUUCCCCCACAAUUGAACUAUCCCCUCUUUGCAUCAUUCACACCACCAGCAUCAAUCACAUAUACAGCCAACUCAACCCAUCAACAUCCAUCGACGUAUCUUCUAACGCCAAAAAUACGACUACAGACAUUCAACAUGGCGGAGAACGACGAACGUGCCCUCCAGAAGGUAUCUCUCCAGAGCAACGAUGGACAAAUCAUCACCGUCGAUCGUGUUGUUGCCGAGCGAUCCCUUCUCAUCAAGAACCUGAUUGAGGAUUUGGGCGACGAGGCUGUUAUGAACGAGGCUAUUCCCCUACCAAACGUCAACGAGCCUGUCCUCCGAAAGGUUGUCGAGUGGUGCGAGCACCACCGCAAGGACCCGCCCCAGACCACCGAGGACGAGAACGACAGCCGUAAGAAGAGCACGGAGAUCGACGAAUGGGAUCAGAAGUUCAUGCAGGUUGACCAGGAGAUGCUCUUCGAGAUCAUUCUCGCUGCCAACUACAUGGACAUCAAGCCCCUCCUUGAUGUUGGAUGCAAGACCGUUGCCAACAUGAUCAAGGGCAAGUCCCCUGAGGAGAUUCGAAAGACGUUCAAUAUCACAAACGAUUUCACUCCAGAGGAGGAGGAACAGAUCCGCCGCGAGAACGAAUGGGCGGAAGACCGUUAGCCGAUCAAGACCAGUUUCCACGUCAAGUCACUUUGCAACGCCGGGACCACCGUCUACCAACGACAGAGGUUACCCCUGUGCUUCGUCUACCGGGACGCACACGUUAGCCGAGUUCGGCGGAUAUGGGGAGAGCUGUUAUGUUGGGAGAUGGAUAUCAAAGACAUCUCGUGUUAUCGACAGCAUCUCGACGACGACGUGAUACGGUUUGGGCAUUCCUGGGAGGGCCACAAAUGAAGCUCUUCCACUCAGUACGUUCGAUCGUACCUUUGCGUUGGCAGGCGUUUAGAGGCGUUGUUCUCUAGCUUUUUUCUACGGC